UGUGUUUUCUGGGUUCUCUCGCUCGCCGUAGACGAGCCUUUGCGCAUGCGCCUUCCAGCCUCGCUCCAGAGGCCAUGGCGUCCUCCUUGCCCGUGUGCAGGUUAUCUGUUUGGGGCAGAGCCAGCCUGUUGCGAUGCUCACGGAGGGCCGAUACGAUUAUCCACAGACGAGUUGAAACUAACACUACUGCUGCGCGGACGGAGUCAACUCGAAGAGACGAAAACGCUCUGUCAGAAGAAACGAAUGGACGUAGGUGUUUGCACACUCUCCUGGUGGAGCGACAGGAGCAGGCAGAGCGCUCCGUCCUCAUCAGCUGCCAGUCCGGGGUCAGCGAGAAGAGGUUCCUCAAGUUUCUAUCAAAACACGGCGACAUUAAGAAAUACUUCUUUUAUGAAAGUUAUGGUUUUAAUGCUGUUGUAGAGUUUGCCAGCCGGGACGGCGUUGCCUCUUUGCUGGAGACGGCCACCAUCCCCGCGGUCAACCACGAAUCCCUGGUGCCUUUCAAAUCCAGACUGCUGUCUCUCAGAAACCUCAGCUCUGGGGACUCGAACCCUCCGCCGGGACUUCAGUGCCAGCCUCAGAGCACGGUUCCCAUCAAUGAGCUCAUCCAGAGGCUGUCCAAAGAGGAGAGUAUAGACCAGCAGAUCAUCUCCCUGACUGAAGAGUAUCAGAUCACAGAUGAGAACAGCCGGCUGCGUUUCCUCGUCUGCUCUUUGCUCAAGGACGUUGCUGCUGCUUAUUUCCCAGAAUGCACCAUCAAACCGUUUGGCUCGUCAGUGAACGGGUUUGGAAAGCUCGGCUGCGACCUGGACAUGUUCCUGGACCUGGACAGCAUCAGCGGCUUGAACGUGAAGAUGCCUAAAUCGGGGUUUUUCAUGGAGUACCGGAUGAAGCGCGCCAACUCUGAGCGGGCUGUCACCCAGAGCGUCCUGUCUGUCAUCGGGGAGUGCUUGGACCACUUUGGGCCUGGGUGUGUCGGGGUGCAGAAGAUCUUGAACGCUCGCUGUCCUCUGCUGCGUUUCGUUCACCAGCCGUCAGGCUUCCAGUGUGACCUCACAGCCAACAACAGGGUGGCGAUGAAGAGCACAGAGCUGCUGUACUUGUAUGGAGAGCUAGACCCUCGAGUGCGCCACCUGGUGUUCACUGUUCGCUGCUGGGCCAGGGCUCACGGCAUCACCAGCAGCAUCCCCGGCGCCUGGAUCUCCAACUUCUCCCUCACCGUCAUGGUGCUGUUCUUCCUGCAGAAGAGGAACCCCCCCAUCAUCCCCACACUGGACCACCUACGGGAGCUCGCAGGUCCCGCAGACAAGAGCGUGAUUGAGGGCAACGACUGCACGUUUGUCAGCGACUUCACCAAGAUCCAGCUCCGGAGGAACACGGAGAGUCUGGAGCUCCUGCUGAACGAGUUCUUCGAGUUCUACGCCACCUUUCCUUUCAGCAGGAUGUCCGUGAACAUCAGGAAGGGCAAAGAGCAGAACAAACCCGAAGUGGCUCCGCUGCACAUCCAGAACCCGUUCGAGACGGCGCUGAACGUCAGCAAGAACGUCAACGCCACCCAGCUGGAGCGCUUUGUGGCGCUGUGUCAGGAAAGCUCCUGGCUGCUCCAGCAGAGCGAAACCAACGCACCCAAAAGGGACGGGGCUGGUGGCGCUUUCACCCCGUGGGGGCUGUCCACCUUGCUUCUGCCCUCACAGGUCACUGGCAUCAAAACUCGCAAGAGGAGGAAGCGGGAGCCGGCCAGCGAGAGGAUCAAGAGUUUGUUGGAGUCCUUGAAGAAUCAAAGCCAGAGGAAGUCCAGCUGAGAACUCAGAAACCCAGAGCUUCCUCUCGGCUCCUUCACAGCAGCUCUGUAGCUCUACACUUCAUCACAUGGACACUUGAGGGUGCCAGCGACGCCUUUAUAUUCCUGUGCUGCUACAGCUGAAUCUGCAGCGGCCCUCCUCUGUUAUUAUUCAGUGAAGUCUCCGGGAUGAUUCUGGUUUAGUUUUUUAAAUUUAAAACACAAAAUGCUCUCAGCAUCAGAACACAAACAGAUGUUUACACCCGGAUUCAGAUCUUCAUGUUCGAAAAACAAGAUUUACUGACUGUAAACACUCGUUAUGGAGCUUUAAAAAACAAAGGAUCCACAAAAUCUAUUUGUGUUUGGGUGUAAAAAGUUUUUUAAAUAAAAUUUAAGACUAAACAUCUGAA